AGCGUUCGCAACGAUCCGAAAUCGAAACGAAGCAAAUCCUCCUCUAGCUAUUCGCUAUAUAACUAACCCAAUAAAUUAAGCCGAACGAACGCGAGUGACUCGUUUGUAAAGUCUAAAAGUCAUCUUCAUUCCCCGAGCAGAGUUCAAAAUGCACAACACGCGAAAUAAUCCGGCAUAGAGGUAACAUCAACGAGAGAAAACAAAACGACAGAGAUUAUAAAAGACGCCCCCGCGAAAAAACACACACAAAACUACACAUAGCCGCUAAGCCGACAACCAACCAACCACUCAGCACUCCUCACCAGUCCUCAAAAGAGUCCAAGUCCGAGUACAAGUCCAAGUCCAGAGGAAAGAAGAAAAAUAAAACGAACCAUCAUGGAACGCCGCCAAGCCCUAGACUCAUCGAUGUCUUCGCUGUACUCGGCUGCCUCCUCCUCGAACCCCCAUCCGCAUCCCCGCCAGCUUCAGUCACAGCAAUCGCAGCAGUCACAGCAGUCCCAACUAGACGCCUUCAAUUAUUCAGCAACAAUGUCAUCAUCGUCGCCGACUCCAAGCCAGGCCAUGUCCACGGGCAUGUCCACGAGCCACCACCACCAUCAUGCCACCUCUGGCAGCACCACAGGUUCCCUCAGAGCCACCACCAUUGGCACCGUUGUCGUCCGCUGCGGACCCGUACAGCUGGUGAUAGCGCUCCUACAAAGUCCCGAAAAGAUCUACAUAAAGGUCGUAGAGCUGGAGCCAAAGAUCACAGCUUUAGGCGAUAAUCUCGAUGAAUCGUUGCGUAUGCAAAGGGAGCACGAUGAGACUCUACGAAACCUACAGAGCCUGCCUGGACCCAUGGAUGAGUUCGUGCAAAAGGCAGACAAAUUGCUGGCCAGCAAGCGAAUCAGUUCGGAGCUCGUCAACGCCAUGGCCGAUACCCUAAACAUCAUCUGGCAGGAUAUUCUGAAUCUCCUGCAGGAUCGUCAACACAUUCUUAUACUUUGCACACAAUUCCACGACAAGAUGACACAGUGCUUCCGAAAGAUGGAUCAACUGGAACUGGCCUGCGAAGAGAUCCUGCAACCCAUAGAUGUGCCCCGUAUCCAAGAGUUCCUCAAUAGAUUCAAGCAACUGAGAAUAGACAUGCUCACCGGCGUGAUGGCCGCUCUAAAGGAUGGCAACGAACUGCUGGCCCAAUUGGAGGAACUGGAGAAGCUGGAGACACUCGAUACGAGACCGGAGCACAUCAAGCGGGAUGCCACGAGGGCGGUUCAUCAGGUUCAACAGUGGCUGGAGGCCCUACACGAUCGAAGAAACGACCUAGAACUCGCCUGGCAGACGAGAAAGACUCAAAUGGAGCAGUGCCUAGCCCUGGCUUUAUUGGGACGGGAACUGGUGGAUCUAGAGGCGGCUCUGCAAAAGGCUCGCAUUGAACUCAACACCAUGUACAGCCUGGGAGAGUGCGAACACACGGCCAAUGAGAUGCUUGCCAAGUACAGGGAUUGGAAGCAGCAGGCAUUGUUGCUCCGAGAUCGAGCUCUAAAGAUAACCAGAGCCAAGGAGAAAGUCCAAUCCGCCGGCCAUUUCACCUCCGAUGAAGCCUGUGCUCGGGCCUAUGCCGUUCUCAGUGGGUGCACCGAGCACUUGGAUCUGGUGGAUCAAAGGGAACACUGGCUACACCAAUCCCGGGAGUUCUUUGCCAAGGCCGAGCACACGCUGAGUGUCCUCGAGAAGCUCGAACUGGAGCUGGCCAGUGUGAAAUUGCCACCCAAUUCCCCCGAGAGCUAUGCCAUGUUCUCCAAAGUGGAACGUGAUGUUCGAAACUUCACCGAGGAGCCAAUCCGCAUCGGUUAUGGCAUCCUGGAUGAGGUGGGACGAACGCAGCCAGAGACACAUGGCGUGAAGAGGGUGCUCGAUGAGCUGGAAAACCGCAAAGCCUAUAUCGAGGGUAUCUGCGCCCACAGCAGCGAGGAUCAGCAAAAGGUUCAGCGGGCCUUGAGCGAGUUCUUGACUCAACACAAUGAGCUCUUGGCCUGGCUAAGGGCAUCGGGUCAGUUGCAUCUUCAGCAGAGCGUUGACAUGGGAAGAAAUCUCCAUCAAGCCAAGCAAUUCCUUCUGCAGCACCAUGAACUUAUGCAGGAUCUAGAGAUCAAGGGAGAACUAAUCAACAUGCUACUGGAGUCCAUCAAGGUGCAUUUGGAAUCACUGAGUCCCCAGCAGCGCUACGAUGUCGACUCCAAGGCCGAGGCACUGCACAAACACUGGAUCGAGCUUAAGGAUUUGGUUCUAAAGCGUGUGGAUUAUGUCUCCCUGCUGAUCGACUUCUUUGAGCUUUCCAACGAGCUCUCCAGCCAGCUAGAUAAUAUGGAACGUCAACUCCAACAAACACCAUCCGAUGAGCACAAGCUGCAGUUCCUCCAAGCAACCUGGACGGGAAUAGCUGCGACCUUCAGCGAGCUCAAGUCACGCGGACAGAGAUUCAUCAACUUGAAAAUUGUGGAUCCAUAUCUCGAGACGAAAUCCUCGGCACAGGCGGUGCAAGAGACGCUGAACGGCUUCAGUAAGCGGCAGGUCGACGUGACGAGCAGUUUGGAGAAUUGGACGACCAGCAUCGAGGAGAAGCGCCAAGUGGAAUAUCUACUCGAGAAAGUCAUGAGCGACAACGAGGAGACUGUGGCCAAGAGCACACAGGUGGACACCCAAUUGUAUCCCGUCUUCACCUCGACCAGUGUUGAUGCCAAGCAGCUGCUGGUCAGCACCCGCGAGAAGCUCACCCAUGUCAGCCAGGACAUUGAGAGGGCUCAGGAUGAGAUCCAGCAGCGUAUCCAGACCACACUCAGCAUUCAAACAAAGGACCAACCCUCGCUGGCCAAAAUCGAGCAGGUGAUCAACAAUUUGCGCAUGCUGAAGGCCAAGUUAGAUGGCAUCAAGUAUGACUAUCGUACACUGGUGGAGAGCAUCCUGCAGUUUCUGGAGAACACGGUGCAGCUGCGUCGCGAAAUCGACGAGUAUUUUGCUCGUCAGCAGCAGCAGAACUCUUCUGGCGCUGAUCGGAGCAUUGCGGAGCAUGAGAAAUUCCGCGAUCAGUGCAUGGAUAAAUUUAGAUCGUUAAUCACACAAUCCGAGCUGCUGAUCGAUCGGGUGCGAGUACUGGAGCCACCGGGAGCCCGCGAAAUCGAUACCGAUCGCAUAUUGAAGUUGCUCGAGAAUUUGCGCCUGCACUUCGAGUCGAACAGCAGUGCCAGGAUGUCGACUCUGGAGCGGCAGGAGAAGAUCGAGCAGUUCCGUGGCGAUCUCGAGGAUAUUGAUCGCAGUCUGGACAGUGUUAGCCAGCAGCUGCACGAGAUCAACAACCAAAGUGUGGAUAGUUUGGCUGCGGCCAAGACCACGUCGCUGGCGUUUGAAUAUUUUGAACGGACCAUAGAGCUGCUAGAGAAGCGAAUCGAGAAGUUUACAGAGUCCACAAGCCAACAGCUUUUAAUUAGCAAUCCCGAGAGCGAGCGUUAUGUCAAGGACGAACUGCGCAAACUCAACGACAAGUGGCAGAGCUUCAAGGAUCAGGUGAAGCAGAAACGAAAGAGCCUCAAUCAGGCAACCGAGUUCUUCGAGGUGGUCGAAAAGAUCGAUGCCGAGUACCGUGAGAUCAGCUACUUUUACAGUAGCGUCUCCAACAAGGUUCCCUAUUUGCGUGACCCCAUCGAGGCCGCCAAUCUGGUCAACGAUAUCGAGAAGUAUGUGACCAGUCGGGAGGCUGCCCUGCGCUCCAAGCUGGACAGUGCCUCGCAGUGUGCUCAUGAUAUGACCAAGGUCUCGACCCUUUACAACGAUGUAAUGAACAUUUUCCAGUCGUUCAUCAAACUCAAGAUGGACAUCAAUGUGGUGGCGGAGAGACUAAAGCAAGAGCAGCGCCAAAAAGAGCAAAGAGAGCGGGAUGCCCGCGAUCAGGCGGAGAGGGAGAAGGCACAGAGGGAAGCGGAAGCCAAGGAGCGGCUCUUCCGAGAGGAGCAAUCACGCCUGGAGAGCCAACGUCAGCAGGCGGCCAUUGAGCAGGCUCAAAGGGAGCUGGCCGCCAGGGAAUUGGCUCUCCGAGAGCAGGCUGUUCGAGAUGAGGAGGCCAAGCUGAAGGCUAUCCGGGAACAGGCCUCCCGCGAGCAAUUGGCCAGAGAGCAGGCGGCCAGAGAGGAAGAGCUGCGAAUCCAAGCUCUCCGGGAGAUUGCCAAGCGAGAGGAGGAGGUACGUCUUCAGAGCAAACGGGAGGAGGAAACCCGUAUCCGAAGGGAGGAAGAGGAAAGAAUCCGACGGGACAACGAAGCACGCUCGAAGCGCGAAGAGGAGGCACGAAUCCAACGCGAGGAGAUUACCAGACUGCAAACCCUUCGCGAUCAGGUGGACCAGCAGCGCAUAGUGACCGAGAAUAUCCGCAAGGACAUCCAAGUGAACUCCAUUUUCACGGAGCUGCGAUAUGCCUCGCCUCUCUUCAUUCGUCCCCUGAAGGAUGCCGUGACCCGUGAAGGCGAUCGUUUCACCUUCGAGUGCGAAGUAACAGGCACCCCAGAGCCCACAGUGGAGUGGUUCAAGGAUGGCAUCAGUAUCCAGAAUAACUCGGAUUAUAAGACGACCUUUGACAAGGGCAUCUGCCGGCUGGUGAUUGAGGAAACCUUUGCAGCCGACUCGGCGCGUUUCAGUUGCCGUGCCUCGAAUUUGGUGGGAACAUGCGAUACCAAUGCCACCUUAUCUGUGCGGGAAAAUGCCGCUGAGUUGCAAUUGGUGCCACCUAGGAUCUUGAGAUUCCUUGAGAGCGGCAAGGCCACCGAGGGUAGCUCCUUCCAGUUUGCCUGUGUGGUGGCUGGAGUUCCCUUGCCAACGGUUCAGUGGUUCAAGAAUGACAAGUGCAUCGAUGACUCACCGGAUUAUGUGAUUAGCUAUAAUAAUGGUGAGGCUACGCUGAGAUUUGAGGAGGUAUUCCUGGAGGACGAUGCUGUCUACACUUGCAGUGCCUCAAAUCCUGCGGGUAUUGAGCAUUGUUCGGCUUCUUUGAUUGUGGAACCUUUGGAGCCCACCGAGCUACCUAGUUUCAAGGUUCCCCUGUCCAAUGCCAUGGCCCGUGUGGGCCAGAAGAUCAAGCUGGAGGCCAUUGUGAGUGGCAUUCCCAGGCCAGAAAUCUAUUGGAUGCACAAUGGAAAACCCUUCCAGCCGCGCGAUUCCAAGUACGAAUACGGCCGCGUAACGCUGCUAAUCCCGCAGGCUUAUCCCAACGACGCCGGAUCCUACGUCCUGAGCGCCAAGAACUUAGCUGGCGAGGCCUAUACCAGUUGCAACGUGAUAGUGAAGGGUCGUCUGCCGAACGAGACAUCCGAUUCCGAGAUGGCCAGCGAUAUUGAGCCCAUCAAACCGGCUGUUCAUCUGCCCCUCAAGGAUGUGUCCAUUUUCGAGGGCAAACCCGUGCGGUUGGACUGUGUCAUUGUGGGCCAGCCAGAGCCGGAGGUUAUUUGGUAUCACAACGAGCGUCCCGUCAAAGAAUCUGCCGAUGUUCAGCUACUUUUCCAGGGUGAUCGCUGUUCGCUGAUUAUCCAGGAAGUCUAUCAAGAGGAUGCUGGUCACUACAAGGUGGUUGCUAUCAAUUCAGCUGGCGAAACUUCAAGCAGUUGUGAGCUUAAGGUGACUCCUCUUAAUCAAGCGGAACCCGCGACAAGAGCCCAGGCGGAGAGACAAUCCCUGCCCAAGGAUACUCAGCCCAAGUUCGAGAGACUUUUGUCCGAUGUCCUGGCCGAUGAAGGAGAGCAAGUGGUUUUAGAGGUUCAGGCCAGUGGAGAUCAACCUCUGACUGCUCAGUGGUUCCUCACCAACAAGGAGGUCCAACUAAGCGACAGGGUAACCACCAAAGCGGACUCCGAAUCCGGCAUCUUCAAGCUCAUUCUGAACAAUGUCAGUGCCGAUGACAAGGGUGUGUAUACCGUGAAAGUGUCCAAUCGAGCGGGCGAUGCCAAGUGCUUCUCGCAUCUCAUUGUAAAGUCCGUGAAUGCUCCCGAAAAUCGCCGCAGCAGCCAAUCAUCCGUGGAGAUUGUGGAUCGCCAUCAGUGCCCUGAAUUUAGGGAACUCUUCAGUGACAAACAAGGUCAGAUCGAUGAUGUGAUCAAGUUCGAGUGCAUUGUCAAGGGCAAGCCCACACCAAAAGUGCACUGGUUCUUCAACGAUCAGCCUGUGCACGGUCACAACUUCCUGGUGUCCACCAGCGGUGAUCGCCAGGUUUUGACCAUCCAGAAGCUGACCCACGAUGCCGUCGGCAAGAUCAGCUGUGUGGCCGAAAAUGAGGCGGGCAAGGCCACCUGUGUUGCCUUCUUGAACAUCAUUGGCAGCGGUUUGCCCGCCUCCAGUGAUGUCCAGACCAUGACCCAGGAGCACAAUACAGAAUCCUCACGUGUGACGAUCAAGAAGCAAACCUUUACCACAACCUCCACCUCACAGGUGAAUUCCUAUGAGGGUAAUGCUCCACAAACCGAAGUUCAUCACUCCUCCGCUCACAUCGAUCAAUCCCUGAAGCAAUUGGGGCAGCAAAGACCCGAGAUUGUGGAGAGUCAUCACUACCAGGAGCUGCACAAGAGCAAGGAGAUGAGCAGUCCCAGUGUACAGCAAAAGUCCUUCACUCUCAUCCAAUCUAGUGGUGCUCCCAAUGGACAGUCUGCCGUUGCCAUUCCGGAUUCACCAACUCGUCUGAGACGAGAGAUUGCCCCCAGGUUCACCACUCCUCUGAGCGGCAAGAUUGUGGAUCAGGGCAGUGAUGUCAGCAUGGAGGCCAUCUAUGAUGGCUUUCCCUCGCCCGAGAUCAAGGUGGAGAAGAACGGUGGUCAGCUGUUCGAUGAUGCACAUACCAAGAUCUCGAAUAAAUGCAAUCGCGUCACCAUCGAACUGAAGCAGGUGAACGUGGCGGAUGCGGGACGAUAUGCAGUGACUGCCUCGAAUGCAGUGGGUCAGUCCACCAGCACGGCGGAUUUGGUUGUUAAAAAGACCAUCUUUCCGCCUGUGUUUGGACGACGCCUGCAGGCCCAAGUUAGCAAGAAGGGCGAGAAACUGGUCAUGGAGGUGGAGGUAACAGGUCUACCGGAUCCCACUGUCACUUGGCUGAAGGACGACAAGCCACUGAAGGAUGCCGGCAUCUCACAGCAUCGACUGCUUGCCCAGGGCAACUCCUACAGACUUAUCAUUGAGAAAGCACAAACAACGGACUCUGGCAAGUACAUGGUGCGCGCCACGAAUGCUGGUGGUGAGGCCAAAAGCAUUGCUGAUUGUGCCAUCCUGGAGCCAUCGCCGGAACGCAUGCAGGAGGUGGUGAAGACCAUUGUCUAUGAGACGGGCCCCGUACAGCAGAUACCUUCUAGCGAUUUCAAAACCGAAAUCCAGACUCAGACUCAGAGCGAGCCGCAGCCAUCGUUCGAGACCAGUCAAACGGAUGUGACCAGUGCGAAUGACCUGCACGGCCUGUCCGAGUCGAAAGUGAUCACUGAGCAUCGUUGCACCACCGAGGCAACCAUGCGUCUAGAGCACAAGUCGAACUACCUGGAUCUGCCCGAGCUGACGUCCCGUCCCAAGACACCGACCACAAACGACACAAUCACCAUCACAACGAACACUGCCGGCCAGGAUCAGACCGAUCAGAGCCAACCUGCUACAAUUAAAGCUUCACCACCGGCGGUGCCGCCCAAGCCAUGCAUGCCAGUGGUAGCAACCACAUUUGGCCAACAGCAGCAGCAGCAGCCACCUCAGAUGCAGACGCUGACCAGCACCAGAUACGAGCAGAGCGAGCACAAAUCCAGCACCUCUACAUCCUCCUUUGAUUACUUCAAGAAGAUCGACGAGGAGACUAUAACCCAACGACCCAAGCCUUUGGCCUUUAAGGCCCUGGAGACGGUGGUGCGACAGCCACAGGCACAAACUCUGGCCGAAGAGCUGAGGAGUCUCAACCUCAUACCAGGAGAUGCUCCCGAGUUCUGCUAUUCCCCCAAGCCGGAGAGAACUGAGCCCAAGGUACCGCUGAUCAAUGAGAAGAUCAAGAUACUAUCCGAAGUUCAGCCAAAGGAGCCACCACCACAGGGUGGAGUGCCGGUAUUCCCACCACCAUUGGGUCUCCAGACCGUUCAACACGAAACCACCACCAGCAAAGAGGUCAAGGUGGAAUACGGACAACCGAUAGUAAGACCUGCUGCUGUCUUGGCCACUCCUGCCCAGCAGAAUCCACGUUCACCUUCGCCCAAACCCUCCGCCGAAGGUGUGGCCAUGUCCCGGCUGUGGACACCAAGUGGUGUCACUGGUUACUCCAGUGAUGUCGAGCACAAAUCCGAGAAGACAGUGAUCUCAUCUACGCUGGCUACACCCACACCAACCAAGGAGCUGAAUGCACCCUUCCUGGUUAAUCAGAUUGUAAAGAGCAUACCACCACCAACCACAACACCGGCACCGGUGACACAUGUCGUGAACGUACAACUCGAACCUGGAACCCCACCGGAGAUUUGCUUCGCACCCAAGGUGGAAGACACAACGACACGUCGUCGUUCCCUGGUGGAGAGUAUGGAGCAAAAGCUGGAACAGAAUUUGAUUCAAGGACCGAGUAAAGUUUUACCCCAUUCAGUGCCCACAUUGACACCGGCAACAGCACCACCUCAGCAAACGAAGCCAAUUCAAAGUUCUACAUAUCGUCCACCACCACCAGUUGUGCCCAAUCGAUUGGGACUCUAUGAGAGCGACUACGAGAGCGAUCGCUACAAGUAUAGUGGCAGUGAAUCUGAUGUGGAGCCGGGCAAUCGCAAUCAGCAACAUCAGCAGGCGACCACGGAGACUUCUUUCAAGUCCAGUGGCUAUACGGCCGAUACCGAGGAACACUCGAGUUAUCGCAAAUCGGAGACAAGUUUCUACGAGACCAAGUCUUCGUCCUCGACACAACCGUCGCAGAUUCCUAAGCUGCAGCCUGAACCACCGGCACCGAUUUACUUCACACAAACGCAGGUGCCACCACAAACGAAUUUUAGCAGCCAGGAGGCAAAGGACUACAACUACACCUCUUCGAGUAUGACCAGCAAUUACUCACAUAACAUGCAGAGCAGCUCAUCCCGUCAUGAGACCAAGUUCUCGUCGACAACGGGAGGAGUAGCACAACCGCCACCAGUGGUUACCUAUCCCAGUCCCAUUCCCGCCCAGCGGAAGACACCGGCAGCGGAGUUUAGUGACUAUAGCAGCGAAAUUGAUGAACGCUUCCGUUCGGUGUCGCGUGCCAAUGAAUCGGAUGCGGAGAUCAAGGGCUAUCGUGUGGUAUUCCCACCCACACCCACUCCACGCACAAAUAUCGCAGCCAAUGGCCACAAAUCUCCUGUGGUGGUCGUUACACCCUCGCCCAUGGAAUUUGAGCCAACGCCACCCGAGAUGGGCAGCAGCUAUGCCAGGCCCAAGUUUGAGCCAAUUGGCAAGGAGAUACGCCAUGAGAUCAAAAGGGAGAGCAGCUCUAAGCAGCAACAGUCGAAGUUUACGCAAAAUCAGCAACAAAGUCAGCCAGUGUAUAAGCCCAAGCCUGUGGCAGCCAAGUUUAUAGCUGCCACUCAACAACAGCAGCAGCAGCAUCAGACACAGGCCAAUGCCCGUCCGACCAUGUACUACAAUGCUGUUGCUGGAGCGCCCAUGCACCUGGCCAAGGUGGCCACGGAGACCAAGAACGUAAUGCAGAUGCACGAGUCCACGGAGAGUUCACAGCGGGUGGUGAAUAUGCAGCAGACCAAGCGGGUAAUCCACUUUGAUGGACCGCAAGAGCAGAGGGAUCAGCAGAUCGUCCUGGAGCCCUUCCCCUAUAGUCCGGCCACAAGUCGUACGCCCUCGAGGCAAUCCCAUCUUCCACCACCGGCCACGCCCACCAAAUUCGUGCCGGGAGAGGUCCGAGAGAGUGACUAUGAGAGCGAAGUGGAGGGAGCACGCAUCCAACCACUGUGGUCACCAUAUGGCGAUGGUUUCACCAAGGGCUAUCGACGCGUGGCUCCGCCCCAGGGAGCAGGAAGAUCCUGCAGUUUGCCAAGAACUUACGAAAGGGUGCUGUCGCCCAUGGAAUUCGAUCGGGGUCCCGAGAUGCCCAGUAAGAUCCAUGUGGAUAUAAAUACACUGCGGAAGGAGCAGCGCGGUGGCAGUACCGUCACCACCCAACAUCGCACUCAGUCCUUAAAUAGGAACUCAACCAUGAGGCAGCAGCAACAGCAACAGCAACAGCAGUCCAUGGAUCAGAUAGACAGGGCCGGAACUUUGCCCCGAUAUGGUUACAACUCGCUGCAGCAGCAGGCGGAGAAUCAGGGACGUCGAAUGGGUUCCACCUUCCUCCAGAAAUCCCAUCAGUUCGUGGAGGAUGUGAGCAGGGAUAUGAGGAGUAGCCACACCUCGAAUGGCAUUCGACCGGGUUUCAAGAGGGCGCCCAGCGAAGGCAGCAACCAACAGCCGCAGGCCUUCAGGGAUGAAUCACGGGUCUCUCAAUACGGCACCAAAUGCAUCGAUCCCAAUACCGGUUUAAUAUAUUUUAAAUACGAUUUCGGCUACGAAUUUGGCAUCCUGUUUCCCGGCGAGGGUCACAAGUUCGUCAGUAGCCAGUGGAAUAGUAAUAGCAGCGGCAGUAAUGCCUCUAAGCCCAUUCAAAACGGACGCCACUCCCCAUAUCCCCUGAAAUUGGCGCCGGGCAACAAUGAGUUGGUCAUACCCGUUCAGCACGAAAGACCCUCGCACGGAUAUAGUUCCGAUAAUGAGAUCCAACGCAGGAGUCAGUCGGCUAGGAACUGGUCAAGUGGCAGGCCGAUGGCCCCGCGUAGUGCCACCAGCAGCCAGCAGAAGCGAUACAGCCUGCCCAGCUGUCACAGCCUCGACAUCCAUCUGGAUCGACUCCAUGCCCAGGCACCGCGCCUGCCGCCGGAUCAGAUGGUCCGCACAGUGCCGGAACUGCCCAAUACGGAACCCGUCAAUGCGCAUUUGAAUCGCGAUGAGCUGGCACAAAGGCAGCCAUUAUUCAUAACGCCACUGAAAGACAUCGCUGUGGGCGUGGGUGGAACGGCGCGCUUCGAGUGCAUUGUGCAGGCGCAUCCGCAGCCGCAGGUCAACUGGACGCACAAUGGCGGCCAGCUGGAGUCCGGCAGUCGGCAUUGCAUUGAGUACCGGAACGGCGUGUGCCGGCUAACACUGCCGCAGGCCUAUCCGGAUGACAACGGCAGCUAUGCCUGCACCGCCAUGAAUCGUCUCGGUGCGGCCAGCACUAGCGGAAAUUUGAAUGUUUCGAGCACAAAUCGUGGAUUUAGAUACUAAGCCUGUUGUUUAAAUGCAACUAUUAUUAUUAUAAUUAUUAUUAUUUAUUUUAUGAUUUGUUCAAUGCCAAAGUUUCGCCUUAUUGUGUGUAUGUAUGUAUUCACUAUGUCACUCAUUUUGUCCCCAUUGUUUUUACUCGGUUCAAAGUCCCCUAAUUUACAUGCAUACAAACAAAGGAAUAUAGUAUUACUUGUGUUUUUGUCGAAAGUCAAAUAAAAUAACAUGAAAACGAAAAA